UUUACAAGCCCCAGCAAAGGGGGCAGCUGCUUGCCCUGGAGGGACCGUGGGGUUGGCGGGCAUCAGGGGAGAAGGGCACGUUUGCAGGCUUGCUGAGGUCCUCCCGCAGCUGGAGGCCGCCAGCCUGUAACUAUAGGAACCCCAGGAAAACAGAGGACUCUGGAGGCCACAGGCACGAUGCUUCGGGUCCUGGUGGGGGCUGUCCUCCCCGCCAUGCUGCUGGCUGCCCCUCCGCCUAUCAACAAGCUGGCCCUAUUCCCAGACAAGAGUGCCUGGUGUGAGGCCAAGAACAUCACCCAGAUUGUGGGCCACAGCGGCUGUGAGGCCAAGUCCAUCCAGAACAGAGCGUGCCUAGGACAGUGCUUCAGCUACAGCGUCCCCAACACCUUCCCGCAGUCCACAGAGUCCCUGGUGCACUGUGACUCCUGUAUGCCGUCCCAGUCCAUGUGGGAGAUUGUGACCUUGGAGUGCCCCGGCCAUGAGGAGGUACCCCGGGUGGACAAGCUGGUGGAGAAGAUCCUACGCUGCAGCUGCCAGGCAUGCGGCAAGGAGCCCAGCCACGAGGGCCUGAGUGUCUACGUGCAGGGCGAGGAUGGGCCAGGUGCCCAGCCUGCUGCCCACCCCCACCCCCACUCGCAUCCCCAUCCUGGUGCGCAGACCCCUGAGCCUGAGGAUCCCCCGGGAUCACCCCACACUGAGGAAGAGGGGGCUGAGGACUAAGGCCCCGACUCUUCCUCCCCUUUCGUCCCCCUGUGGAAUGUUGGGUCUAACCCUCUGGGGAGAAGUGUGUGUGGGGGGCAGACUGAAGCCCUCCUCUGGCACCAGAUGGACUUGGAUUCAGACUUGGACUUGGAAUGCUGCCCAGUUGCCAUGGAGAUCUGAAGGGGAGGGGUAGGAGUCAAGCUGCACAUUUUAAUAUAUUCAAGAGUUGGGGGGUGGAUGCAGAGGUCUUCAGAGUGUUUUUGGUGGUUGAGGGGGAAUCCUCUUCCUUUCUGCCUCCUAGAGAUGUGCC